CAUUUUGGAUUAGAAAACACUGCUGGUGAAACAAUGGCUGCUCACGGAGAUAACAAUUUAUCAAAACGACUUUAUAAUUCAGGCCAAAGAGAAUAUGAACUAGUGAAGAGAAGGAAUAGAAGAAUAAGUUCUUUAUCAAAUUCUCAAAUGUUUCAACCCUUGAAAGAUAAGCAGUUUUGGAAGGCAGUUGCAGCUGAAUUUAUUGCUGUAGCUAUUCUAAUUGUUGUUGGAUGUAGUACAACAAGAGCAGUAGAAGUUCCCGGUACUACAGUGUCUCAGUCUAAUAUCUUGCGAAUUAGUUUUGGUUUUGGAUUGACAGUCGCUGUUUUAGUGUCAGCUACGGCCCAUAUUAGCGGUGGGCAUUUAAAUCCCGCCGUUUCUUUUGGCUUAUUAAUUGCGAGAAGAUUUUCGUUUGUAAAAUUUUUAAUAUAUUCCCUUGCUCAGAUAUGCGGUUCGAUCGUUGGAGCCGCAAUCCUAAAGGGAGUACAAGGCGAAGUAAUUGGUGUAAAUGAACCAGCUGAUGGCGUUAGUUCUAGCAGAUCUUUUGGCAUUGAAACUGUAAUUACGUUUGUCUUAGUGUUUACCGUGUUAUCCUGUACUGAUUCAAGACGUUCUGAUUCCGUAGCUCCUGUUCCCCUGUUCGUUGGCCUUGCCAUUACAUGCUGCCAUUUGUUUGCUGCUGAUGUUAGCGGUUCUGCAAUGAAUCCUGCUAGGGCCUUAGGGCCAUCAAUCAUCGCUUCUAAAUAUAAAGACCAUUGGGUUUAUUGGGUUGGAGGAUUUUUGGGAGCCUUCAUUGCUGCUGUUGUCUAUGAAUAUAUGUUAGCUCCAGAUGCCAGUAUUGAGAAGGUGAAAAACGUUUUCGCAAGAAAAUCAUUGGACAGUGACAGCCAGCCUGAAAAAUCUUCUGAUAAAAAAGAUAAUGAUCCCAUGAAAAAACGAAUAACUCCUACUGCCGGAAGUAAAACGGAACUUCAAACUAUUAGUACUGAAGAUUAGAAAGUCUGAUAAAAUGUUUUUAAGAUCAUUUAACCCUUUUCAAGAAUAUUUUGUGCUAUUCAAUUAACUAGCAGAUUCUAUACCUUAGUUUUUAUGAAAAAUACACAGCAAAAACAGGAGUAUUAAUACUUCACUUUAUCAAAUUUACCGUUUAUAUUCAGCAUACAAUGGAAGAACCUUUUGAUAGUUACACAUAUGGAUUUAAGUUUAUAAAGGAAACGUUGAAAUCCCUCCCUUACUUAUAAGAUUGUAUAAUAUUUAAGAGUAGCCUAUUAAUUUAAACAUCCGAAGAGAGUAAGAAUCUAAAAGAGGACUGAUUUCAAUAAUAGGCAAAGUUUCUUCUCGCAUAUUCUUCUUAGUAAAGGAAUACUUAUGAAAACUGCUAAACAAUACAAAAAAAAAAUGUUAAUUCAGUAACUAAUAUAGUUAUUCUCUAUAUGUGGUAGCUUUAAAACUACUUUUUAAUUACUUUUCCUGUUCGCAUUUUGAAUUUCAAUAAUAUACAAGUGAUAAAUUAAAAAUAUAUAUAAGAAAUGUCAACUGUUGCU